UUUUAAGAAAAAAAGUCUUUAUUUUCUAUGACAGUUAUUUUCAUUGUAUUAUCAUUAACUAUUGUAUCUACAGUUUAUGCCAUCAUUCCUACUGCUCGAUACAAUGGAGGUUGUGCAGCAGUUCAGAAACAACUCCAUUGUUAUGGAGGUACCUCAAAUCGCAAACCUUCUACAGACCACUAUGCUCUUGAUCUUUCCAACGAUUUUGAUCUUGAGAACUCUAUCAAUGCUUGGAAUAUGGUUGAUCCUGGCAACUUUGAACUAGAACCCAACAGUUUAUUUUCCAUUGUACCUAUCAAUGAUAGUUUCUUGAUCCAUGGUGGACUUGGUUAUGGUUCUUUCACUCAAUUCAUAAAGAACACCACUACAUUAUACAACAUCACUAGUCAUUCAUGGCAUACAGUUGUAGCUAACAAUCAAUCCUUCAUGAUGCCAAGUCGAGAAGAAACUAGUACACUAGAUCCGUUUAAUAGGAUAUGGACUUGGGGUGGUAUAAGUGAUAACUCUUCAUCGCCUAAUAUCACAGACACAACAUAUCAUAAAGACCUUCAAGUGCUUGAUUUCAACACACUGUCAUGGUCAUUUCCAGACAAGAACACAAAAACGUCAUCGAACCCUACAUUUCUUCUUCCGCGAUUGGCUCAUUCUGCAACAUUGGCUAGAUCAGGGGAUUCAAUUUAUUACAUUGGAGGUCUGCAACUCAAUCAAGAUAAUGUGCUGAAUUAUGCGCCUAUGAAUGAAAUAUUGCAAUACAACAUAACAAACCAUACUUGGACUUUACAUACAUCACCACCAAACACAACAAUUCCUUCGCCUAGAAGGCUUCAUUCAGCCACCAUGAUUCCUUAUACAGAUUUAAUUUUAAUUUAUGGUGGCUCAGUAACAGAUGGUGCGAGUACAGUAGCAGACUAUAUUUAUUUCUUGAACACAACUUCAUUUAUUUAUACGCCUGUUCAUAUUGUCAAUACAAAAGAUGGUGCAGGUCCUCGUUUUGGUCACUCAGCUGUUCUUUAUGACGAAAAAUCAUUAUUUAUUAUCUUUGGUGCGGAUGAACUUGGUAGCUUAAGAAAUGAUUUCUUAGUGUUAGACAUUGUAAACUGGCAAUGGAUAUCUAGUUUUAAAGCAAAUGGCGUUUACCCUGUUCCAUCAACUACAGGCACAACAGGCACUGCUAGCAAUCCUAUCGCAUUACCAACACCUUCUAAUCCUACUAGUGGAUCGUUGUCCCUUGUAUUUAAUCAAAGUGUUAUCGCAUUCAGUUAUCUCAAGACAGUGUAUCUUGUGAUUGGUAUCGCCUUAUUUUAUUUGAAAUAGGUCAACAAAAUGAAUAAAAACAUAAUUUAGUUGCAGAAAAUAGAAUGGCUGUUUCAACAUAUUUUCUUCGCAUUGGAUGAUGAGUUGGAAAUGGUUGAGAUUUUGCUUGAUUUGACUUAAAAGGAAGAGUGAUGAUUUUUAAGAUGUAAAGAUAGCAAUUUUUUUUGAUUAAUUACAACGGCUUUUGGCUAGUUAUUGACAAAAAAAAAGAGAAUGAGACAACAUAGACUAAAUGUG